UCAUCAAGGUCCCGGACAUGUUCAGUUCCAGCGUGAAGAUCGUGAAGCCCAAUGGCGAGGAGCCGGACGAGUUCGAGUCUGGCAUCUCCCAGGCUCUCCCGGAGCUGGAGAUGAACUCGGACCUCAAGGCCCAGCUGCGGGAGCUGAACCUCACAGCCGCCAAAGAAAUUGAAGAUGUUGGUUGUCCAAAAGCUAUCAUAAUCUUUGUUCCCGUUCCUCAUCUGAAAUCCUUCCAGAAAAUCCAGGUCUGGCUAGUGUGUGAGUUGGAGAAGUUCAGCGAGAAGCACGUUGUCUUUAUCGUUCAGAGAAUUCUGCCUAAGCCAACUCGAAAAAGCCGUACAAAAAAUAAGCAAAAACGUCCCAGAAGCCGCACUCUGACAGCUGUGCAUGACGCCAUCCUGGAGGACUUGGUUUUCCCAAGUGAGAUCGUGGGCAAGAGAAUCCGCGUGAAGCUGGAUGGCAGCCGACUCAUAAAGGUUCGUUUGAAUAAAGCACAGCAGAACAAUGUGGAACACAAGGUUGAAACGUUUUCUGGUGUCUGUAACAAGCUCAUGGGCAAGGAUGUUAAUUUUGAGUUCCCAGAGUUUCAGCUGUAAACAAAGAUG